AUGACAGACCUUACUCCCCUCUUCGAUAGCCUACUGGCGACGCACUCGGGCGCAUCGACCACAAAACGGACUUUCAGCGUCGACAGUCUCGACGAUUUCUUGAAGGAAGCAUACACGAUCAACCACGCGAUACGCACCUUACAUACAGAUCUCUUACGCAUCCGCCAGUCCUACCUGUCCACCGCCCAGCCGCGACGCACACUCAUCCGCCAGAACGGCGGGCAGCCGCUGACCGACCGGGACCGCGAGGAGAUUGACGCCGAUUCGAAGCAGCUGUUGCGCGACCUCAACGCCAAAAUCCGGCAGCUCGCCGACGCGGAGCAGAUUCGCCAGGAGACGGAGGCCCAGCUACUCAAGAAGAAAUUCGCCAGAGGCCUGAGCGCGCUUGGAUCAUGGGCUGCGGGAGGCGCUGGUGCCAGCGGCAAGAGCGACGAGUACAAGCGCGCCGAGGAGGCGGCAAACAGUGUCAAUACGCAUAGAGAGAGUGUGCUGUGGAUGCUACGGCAGAGACUACAAGAGUGCGUCAAGACACAGCAGGGCAUGAUGGAGGUCAGGCUCAACAGGGAAAUGGAGAAGCAGAGGAGCGUCUUGGCCAGGGCGGGCGUGACUGAGGGCAUGGGGCUGGGUUCGAUGCCUGGAGCCAGCAAGAGAGAUCCUAGCAGUCCCAGUUCGAAACGGAGAUCCAGCCAAGCUGCAUGGCAAGAAGAUGCACAGCAACAGCCGUUGUAUAAUCCUCAGGAUGAGCUGUCCCCGGAACAAAUUCAAAUGUUCGAAAAGGAGAACCACGACAUGUUGCAGCAUUACGAGAGUGUCUUGGGCCAAGUGAGGACGGCCGAAAAGUCACUCAUAGAAAUAUCCGAGCUGCAGACACAACUGGUCAGCAAUCUGGCAACACAAUCAGCGCACAUAGAUCAGUUGGUUGCGGAUUCCGCCAAUAUUACGGACGAGGUUGGUGGUGGAAACAAGAUGCUCAAGAGUGCAACAAAGAAACCGAGUCCUGCGAAAUACACAUUCUAUGCGACUUGCGGACUGUGCACGCUUUUGGUGGUCUGGGACUUGAUCAUAUAG